AUGUCACUCCCAUCAUGUUUUCUUCUCUUUCUCUUCCUCUUAGCCCCAUUAAUCUUGGCUCAAUCUCCACCUUCUCCUUCCUCUUCUGUUGCUUGCAAAGCCACACUAUAUCCAAAGCUAUGCCGUUCCAUUCUCUCAGCCAUUCGCUCCUCCCCUUCUGACCCUUAUGGCUAUGGCAAGUUCUCCAUAAAGCAAAGCCUCAAACAGGCACGUAAACUGGCCAAGGUGUUUGAGGACUUUCUCCAACGCCACCAAACAUCAUCUUCCCUUAACCAUGCAGAACUUGCAUCCCUGGUAGACUGCAGAGACCUCAACCAGCUAAACGUCGACUACUUAAUGUCCAUAUCCGAAGAGCUCAAAUCCGCAAGCUCCUCGGACUCUGAGCUGGUUGAGAAGAUCGAGACUUACCUCAGUGCUGUGGCCACCAACCACUACACGUGUUAUGAUGGGUUGGUGGUGACCAAAAGCAACAUUGCCAAUGCCCUUGCCGUGCCACUCAAGGAUGUUACCCAGUUGUACAGUGUCUCACUUGGGUUGGUCACUCAGGCUCUUGACAAGAACCUCAGAAGGAAUAAGACCCGCAAACAUGGCCUUCCCACCAAGGCCUUCAAGGUUCGGCAACCACUAGAGAAGCUCAUCAAGCUUCUUCGCACAAAGUAUAGUUGCACCAAGUUAUCAAAUUGUACUAGAAGUGGAAGGAAUCUUAAAGAAAGUGGAAGCCAAGGAAUUUUAUUAUACGAUUUUGUGAUUGUGAGUUCUUAUGCAAUAGACAACUACACUUCCAUUGGAGAGGCUAUUGCUGCUGCACCCAAUAACACAAAGCCUGAAGAUGGAUAUUUCCUUGUGUAUGUUAGGGAGGGAAUCUAUGAGGAAUAUGUAGUCAUUCCCAAAGAAAAGAAGAAUAUAUUGCUUGUUGGAGAUGGUAUUAACAAGACUAUCAUCACAGGGAACCAUAGUUUUAUAGAUGGUUGGACAACUUUCAAUUCUUCCACAUUUGCUGUUUCUGGAGAAAGAUUUAUAGCAGUGGAUGUUACAUUCAGAAACACAGCUGGACCUGUAAAACACCAAGCAGUAGCAGUGAGGAAUAAUGCUGAUCUCUCUACAUUCUACCGCUGCAGUUUUGAAGGAUAUCAAGACACUCUCUAUGUUCACUCUUUGAGGCAAUUCUACAGAGCAUGUGAAAUCUAUGGCACUGUGGACUUCAUCUUCGGCAACGCAGCCGUGGUCUUCCAAGACAGUAAGAUCUAUGCUAGAAAACCAUUACCAAACCAGAAGAAUGCUGUGACAGCACAAGGAAGAACUGAUCCUAAUCAGAACACUGGCAUUUCAAUCCAAAACUGCACCAUUGAUGCUGCACCAGACUUGGCUGCGGACUUGAAUUCAACGGAAAGUUACUUAGGUCGGCCAUGGAAGGUGUAUUCAAGGACUGUCUACCUGCAGUCAUAUAUUGGAAAUGUUAUUCAACCUUCAGGGUGGUUAGAGUGGAAUGGCACAGUUGGGUUAGACACCCUCUUUUAUGGUGAGUUCAACAACUAUGGACCUGGUUCUAACACUAGCAAUAGAGUACAAUGGCCAGGUUACUUUCUGUUGAAUGCUACUCAAGCUUGGAACUUCACAGUCCUGAACUUUACGUUGGGAAAUACUUGGCUUCCUGACACAGAUAUACCUUACACUGAAGGACUACUAAGAUAG